AUGCAGUUCUCACGACGGCGACGGAUCGGUGGCGGCGAGGUGCAUUUAACAACGGAGCGCAAAGGAUGGUGGGGCGGGGCGCGAAACGGCGAACGGCCAUUGGCUACAGUUGAGGACGCAAGGCGGCUCCCACCUGCUCCCUUGGCACUUCGUACCGGUUCUGCCCUCACUGGUUUGACUAGGGGAGAGCGGACGGGAUCCCGUAUAUUCCAGUGGCCAAACCCGGACUCGGAGGCAUCGGAAGAGUUAUAA